AUGAGCAUACAGGAGGAAACCCCCAGUGCGGAAAAAACCAACGAUGAAAAAACGAAUGACAACUCGAAGAACGAGGGGUUGAAGGUUUCCACCGCCGAUCAGGAACAAAAGAAAGAAGACACAAAGGUGGAAAGUAAAGAUGAUGUGAAAAGCGAAGGUAAAGACGACGUGAAAAGUGAAGGCAAAGACGAUGUGAAAAGCGAAGGCAAGGACGAUCGGAAAAGCGACGGUAAGGACGACGCGAAGGCUGCAGCAGGUGGGGAGGACGUCAUGAAUAUGCUGCUGAGCUACCUGCAGAAGAAUAAGGACGACCCCAAAAUCAUGCAAACCAUGCUGAGCAUGAUGAGUGGGAAGGGAAAAGAAGGUGCAGGGGGACUCAGUCAGGUGAAGUUACCCAGCAGCAAGGCCAACGAAACAGAGGCAGGGGACGACAAAGGAAGUUCAACUAAUGGAAACAAGAAAGAUGAAGGGGCAGCGCAAAGAGAUGGUGAGAAUAAAACGAAGGAAGAGAAAGAGACAGGAAACAAACUGCUAAAUCUGUUUAGUACGAAAACUGAUAGAAGCAUUUUUCCCAGUUUUAAUUUUUCCGGUGGAUUAAACAACACAGGAAAUAGCACAAAGGAGGGAUCUUCAGCUGCAGGUAGCAUUUUUGGAGAUGGAAAAAAAAGUUUCUUUGCUGAGUUUGGCGAAGAUAAAGGGCGCAAUGGUAGUGGCAGUAUGAACAAGUUCGGCUUUAGCGGAUUCGGUGGGUUUGGUAGUAGCUUUGGCAGUGGGAAGAAGAACGAAGAUGGGGCCCUUGCGAAGGGGGAAACAACACAAGAGAUCUUCAGCAAGGGAACAAGCACAACAGAUGUUAGUGCAAGCAAUGAGAAGGAGGAAGACACUGAAAAAAAAGGCGAUACUGUGAUGAAGAAAAAAUUCGAAACUUUAGUUGAUGACGACGAUGAUUAUAUAAUAGAAAACGCAGAAACGAAGGAACCAGUCGAAGAAGAAGCCAUCUCAAUGAUAGAAAAUAUGAACAUAAUGAAUGAUGACAAUGGAAAAGAAAGAAAAUUAAGUAACUUCGAUUUCAGCAAAGCAUUAAAUAAUGAUAAUAAUGAAGAAGUGAGAGACAUCAAAUUAUAUCGUUCGAGAAAUACAUGGGAAGAAUUAAACAUAGAUAAUGACCUUAUACAAAUCCUGACGUAUUUAAAAUUUUUCGCCCCUUCCAAAAUACAAGGCCUAGCUCUUCCCUACAUUUUAAACAGUAACAAGAAUUUAAUAGCCCAAGCUCAAAAUGGGUCAGGAAAAACACUAACCUUUGUCAUUUCUAUGCUAUCGAAAAUUAAUCGAAAUGAAGGAUCAUUGCAAGCCAUGUGUAUCUGUCCAACAAGGGAAUUAGCUCAACAGAAUUACGAAGUAGUGGGAAAAUUCACCAAAUAUUUAACUGUCAAAGUUUUCCUAGCUGUACCACUCUGUGAUAGAUAUAAUAAAAACGCGGGGUUUCAAAUAUACGUAGGUACUCCAGGAAAAACAUUAGACUUAUUAAAAAGAAAAUUUGUGGAUACAAAAAAUGUAUCAAUUUUUGUACUUGACGAAGCUGAUGAUUUAAUUGAUAUUAAAAAUAACAUGUCCUCCCAAGUAGAAACUAUCAAAAGAUUUUUACCAAAACGUUGCCAAAUUCUUCUCUUCUCUGCUACUUAUAAUGAAGACGUACGAUCCUUUGCUGAUAAAUUUGCUCCAGGUGCAUCUAAAAUAAGUGUCCGUCAGGAAGACCUAACUUUGAAAUGUGUAAAGCAGUAUUAUCUCUUAACAGAAAAUGACGAACAAAAAUAUUACUACCUUUCUGAAUUGUAUUGCUCUAUGAGCAUUUCGCAUGAAGUGAAGUGA